GAUUUUGACGCGUUCAACAAGAUGCUGGCGACGGUCAAGAGCGAGGACUCGGAGGCCACCGUGCCCAGUGACCGCGACGGUAUUUUCGAGCUCAUUCGCGCCGAGACCUCCUUUGUGGCGGUCGACCGGCUCAUUUUUUCGACCUUGUCGUCGUGGAUCCGGACGACGCUCGAGGCAUCGAUCGCAGCGACGUCGUCGCUCGUCGAGAAGGCCAAGCGGUGGCGGCAGCUCGGUCUUAUUGCCGACAACCUGAACGAGUACGUCACGAGCGAGCGCUGCUUCCGGGAAGCGCGAGCAUUGUACGACCACGUCGAGGGGCCACUGGACGCGGAAACGCUCAUGCUGCAGUCGCUUGUCGCGUUUGCAAUGGCGCACCAGGGCAAGCCCCAGUCCGAGUGGGAGCCGCUCUUCCGCGAUACACUCGCUCUCGCCACCGAGCACCUCGGCGAGACGCACCCGUCUACGCUGGCCACGCGCAGUAACUUGGUCAAGUCACUGGGUCAGUUUGGCGACUUUGUGGCGGCAUUGCCGCUGGCACUCGACGACUUUGAACGACGGCGGUCGCUGCAUGGUCUCUACGAUUACCGAACGGCCAACAUCCUCUCGGAGAUUGGCAAGAUCUACGUUCAUCUCGCCGAGCCCCGAAUGGCCAUGCGCUGGCUCCGCAAGGCGUUCAGCAUUCGCGAAGCUCUCUUGGGGCACGAGCACGCAUCGACGAUGGCUACGCUCUCUCUCCUCGUUGUCGCGCUCAUGUACAUGGGGGCUGCCGUCGAAGCCGCAGCGCUGGCCAAGGACGUCGCCGCGUCCAGAGCUCGAACGCUUGGGGCCGAGCAUCCAAACACCUUGGAAUCGCGCUUGAACGAGGCCGCUUGCAUGCUCAUGACGGGGGACGCCGAGGCAGCAACGUCGGCGCUACUGUCGCUGCAGACAUUGUAUGAAGCGCGACACGACCUCGCUCCGUGGCUCCCGAUUGUCUACCACGAUUUGGGCAUUGCGUACGCGAUGCUCGGCAAGACGGAUCUGGCACGCGCGUAUUACAUCCGCAACUUUCAAAACGUACCGACCAAGUUCCAUGCAUGGUUGUUCUUUGACACCGUCCUUCGCUUCGCACCUGCGUCGGUGGCCGAGGACCUCGCCCUCGUCCGCGAUUUUGUCGAGUCGACUGCCGAUGACGCGCCCGAGUCGUGGCUCGAGAGCUGCGUGGUCUGCUACCGGCCGAUUCUUGGUAGCACCGUUGCGUGUGCAGCCUGUCCGCAUGACAUUUACAAGUUUUGCACGCGGUGUCGGGACCAGCGGCCAUCCCGACUGCGUCGAUUUUGCCGGCACGACCCGCAAGCGACAAGCUGGCGAACCACGGUGCCGCCGCGUCGGUUUUUCUACGAAGCGGCGCUACGUUCAACGGCGAAUGCCAACUAUGACGAUAUUGAGCUGCUCUUCGCCGCCUACGAGACGUACUGCGGUACGCACAAGGUGCCCGCAAACGAACGCCUCGCACGGGCGUCGAUUCCGAGUUUGAACCUUGGAUGGCACCCCAUGUAGUCCAAUAACGUA